AUGGCACCUCGUGACCCCAACACACUGGCCAAUUAUGGCGAAUGGGGUAUCAAGCACACGACCGUAAACUUCAAGAUCAAUUUUGAGAAACAGCGUCUAGAAGGCUUUGUUCUCCUGGAGCUUGAGUCUCUAACAAACAAGGCGAGCCGUGAGAUCAUCCUCGAUACAAAUCACCUAUCUAUUUCAUCGGUCAAGCUUGACUCAGCCGACUCAGAAUGGGCUGUCAAAGAUCGAGUCGAGCCUUAUGGCGCACCGCUUCAUGUCUCUGUACCGAAUGGUGUGUCUCAGGGUGACGUUGUAAAGCUGGAUAUUGCCCUAGAGACCACCGAGAGCUGUGUUGGUUUGCAAUGGAUGACCCCAGCUCAGACUGGUAACAAGAAACACCCAUAUGUAUACUCCCAGUGCCAAGCUAUUCUGGCCCGGUCUAUCUUCCCUUGUCAAGAUACUCCGGAUGUCAAGUCAACAUUUACUUUCAAUAUCACUUCACCACUACCGGUAGUUGCUAGCGGAGUACCCGUGCCCUCAGAUAACAAGGGAGACGGUGACAAGCUGUUCCGCUUUGAGCAGAAGGUCCCUAUCCCCUCGUACUUGUUUGCCCUAGCUUCGGGAGAUCUCGCAACCGCACCUAUUGGGAAACGAUCUGUCGUUACGACCGGCCCCGAGGCACUCGAGGGCGCAAAAUGGGAACUCGAAGCAGAUAUGGACAAGUUCCUCGAAGUAGCAGAGAAGCUGAUAUUCGAAUACCAAUGGGGAGAGUACAACGUAUUAGUGUUGCCUCCGAGCUUCGCUUAUGGAGGGAUGGAGAACCCCAUCUUCACUUUUGCUACGCCCACUAUCAUCAGCGGAGACCGCCAGAAUGUUGAUGUAAUCGCACACGAGUUGAGUCAUAGUUGGAGUGGUAAUCUCGUAGGCUGCGCGUCUUGGGAACACUUCUGGCUAAAUGAAGGAUGGACAACUUACCUUGAGCGACGUAUUGGCGCGGCCGUUCACGGUGAACCUCAAUUCGACUUCUCAGCUAUUAUCGGCUGGAAAGCACUUGAGGACUCUGUUACGUUGUUCGGGCCUGAUCAUGAGUUUACCAAACUCAUUAUCAACCAUAAGGGAGUAGAUCCCGAGGAUGCUUUCAGUACGAUUCCGUACGAGAAAGGCUUUCAUUUCCUCUACUACCUUGACCGAUUGGUUGGAAGGGAACAUUUCGACAAGUUCAUACCUCAUUACUUCAAAACAUGGGCUAAUAAGUCAUUGGAUUCUUUCGAGUUCAAGAAGACUUUCCUGGAUUUCUUCGAGAGCUAUGGCAAUUCGGAGAUUAAGGAGAAGAUUGCCGAGAUCCCUUGGGAGGAGAAGUUCUAUAAGCCAGGCUUGCCGCCAAAGCCUGAUUUCAACACGGCUUAUGUUGACAGCUGCCUUGCACUAGCUGAGAAAUGGAAGGAUGAGGAUUACCAACCAACUAGUAAAGACAUUGAAUCAUUUACGGCUAACCAGACACUCGUCUUCUUGCAAGCGGUACAGAGCUUCCCAAAGCCUCUGAAUGCUGAGAGGUCGCAUCUCUUAGGGACUACUUACAAUAUAAGUUCCUCAAAGAAUGUCGAGUUAAAAUCGGCGUAUUACCUAAUCGCUCUCCUGGCUGGAGAUAGACAAGAGCUACCUGGCAUAGUUGACCUCCUCGGCUCCGUCGGACGCAUGAAGUUCGUGAGACCUUUAUACAGGAAGCUGAAUGAGUUGGAUAGGGACCUAGCUGUUAAGACGUUCAAGGAGAACAAAGACUUCUACCCAUCCACUACUAAGGGCCAGUUAGAGAAGGAUUUGGGGUUGAAAUAG